GGCCGGCCCCUGAGGGGCAGGGUUCGUGAGGGGAGGCGGGCCGGCCCCCCCCCGUCUCCUUCCUUCCCCGCCGGGCUGGCCUCGCCGGGUGCGAUGUUUUGCCGGAGCGCGGGCCGGGCCCUCCGGGCUCUGGUGCUGCUGCAGUUGCAGCCGCCCGCCCGGGCAGCGCCGCUCACGGCCCGGGGACCGGCCGCCUGCUACGGUACUUCAAUAACAUCUGCCAAAAUCCAAGUGAAUGGAGUCCACCUGCAUUAUCAGCAAACAGGAGAAGGAAGCCAUGCAGUUCUUUUGCUUCCAGGAAUGCUAGGGAGUGGUCAAACUGAUUUUGGACCGCAGCUUAAGUCUAUGAAUAAGCAACUUUUCACAGUUGUUGCUUGGGAUCCUCGGGGAUAUGGAAAGUCCAUUCCUCCAUCUCGAGACUUUCCUCCAGAUUUCUUUGAGAGGGAUGCAAAAGAUGCUGUGGAUCUUAUGCAGGCACUAAAGUUUAAGAAGUUCUCCUUGCUGGGGUGGAGUGAUGGUGGAAUUACAGCGCUCAUUGCUGCUGCAAGGUACCCAAAUCUCAUCCACAAGUUGGUUAUCUGGGGAGCAAAUGCCAGCGUUACUCAAGAGGAUGUGAGAAUUUACAAUGGUAUCCGAGAUGUUUCAAAAUGGAGUGAAAAGGUCAGGAAACCACUGGAAGAGCUGUAUGGACAUAAGUACUUUGCAGAAACCUGUGAGGCUUGGGUAGAUGGAAUAUCACGCUUUGCUGAAAAUUCACAUGGUAAUAUCUGCCAACAAUUGCUGCCAGAUAUUAAAUGUCCCACAUUUAUAAUUCAUGGUGAGAAAGACCCUUUAGUCCCACAAGCUCAUGCAGAAUAUAUUCAUAAGCACAUCAAAGGCUCUCGGUUACUUCUGAUGCCAGAAGGAAAGCAUAAUUUACACCUGCGUUUUGCAAAGGACUUCAACAGAGAAGUGGAAAAUUUUCUGCGAACAUGAACUGUAAAACAAAUCAGAGGUACUUAGCCAUUACCUUGUUUAGGAAUUUAGGUUGGCUUUUGUUUUUGAUGCAGUUAUGGGUAGGUUUAAGUCCUGUAAGAAAAAUAUCAAACAUAAUUGCAUGAGAAGCAUAUGUCUUAAGAAUAUAUAAGCCUCAGUGAUCAGAGCAUA